AUGGCCAAGGCCACCAAGCCGUUCCAAAGAGACUGGGCUCCAAGAAGAUUCGACGAGCUCAGCGGCGUCUCGACUCUGCUGGAUAUGCCCCUGGAUGAUUCACCGUCCCCGCAUCCACCCUCGCACUCUUCUCUCGCCUCAAUAACCCAGACACCGCCAACACCACCAGAUGCAGCCCGUGCCGGCAUGGCGGGGGACAGCGGAGUCGCUCGGAAGCCCAAGUCGUCGCUGUUCAUCACAAAAAACUCUCAGAAGAAGCAUGAUCUCAGUCGGUGCUCGAGGUCCGAGCUUGAGGAAAUGCUGGAGCAGAACCAGAAAUUGCUGCGGGAUGAAUCGUUCAUCGGCAAGCUACCCGACCGCGGACAGCGGCUGACCAAGAAGCGGAAGGAGCUCGAGGAGCGUCUGGCACAGCUUCCGCUGCCAGAGCAACAGGCUCCUGCAGAGAUCGUUUCUGCUGCUCGCGAAGGCGAAUCCAUCAGCGAGCUCAUGAGUGGCCUCCAUCUCACCGGAUCAACAGCUGCCAGCGGGCCACUGAGUCCAGGCAGAAAAGUCGCCAGCCCAGCCCAGCAGUCCAUCAAGAAAAAGCUCGACAGGGGCUCGAAAAUCAAGACCAUAUCGCUGGUCGACUCGAUUCAGCUGCAACAAGAGCGACAGAGGGAGAUUGAAGAUAUUCGUCUGCGAGAGGCCGAGGCCAGACUGAAGCUGCAAUUUUCCGUCGAUGCCAAGCCGGAUAUGACUGCCCUGCGAGAAUGGGGCUCGACGUAUCGGACAUCCAAGGAUAUGGAAAUCGACAGCGAUAAUGAUAGCGACGACCAGUCGUUUUCGAGCGACCAUGAUCAAGACGACUCUUUCGAUGACGACGACUAG